AUGCUUAGCACCCCUGGCAGCUAUGACAUGGAAGUGAUUGAGAAGGAGGCUCAUCAAUCGAACAUUAUCAAUAUCCCUGGAAUCAGCAGCACUUUGAACACUUUUGUCGUGAAGGGUGACUGGCAGGCACAGAUUGCUAUAGAGCUCGCAGGCCGAAGAAUCGCACACAUCAAGGCUCCAUCAAACACUCCUUGGCUCUACGUCAAUUAG